AUGACUGACUCCUCUGCCAACCCCAUGCGAGAGCUGCGAAUCGAGAAGCUCACCCUCAACAUUUGUGUUGGUGAGUCCGGUGAUCGACUUACCCGAGCCGCCAAGGUGCUCGAGCAGCUUUCCGGUCAGACCCCCGUCUACACCAAGGCCCGAUACACCAUCCGAUCUUUCUCUAUCCGACGAAACGAAAAGAUUGCCGUCCACGUGACCGUCCGAGGCCCCAAGGCUGAGGAGAUUCUCGAGCGAGGCCUCAAGGUCAAGGAGUACGAGCUCAAGGCCAAGAACUUCUCUGAGACUGGUAACUUCGGUUUCGGUAUCAACGAGCACAUCGACCUUGGUAUCAAGUACGACCCCAACAUCGGUAUCUACGGUAUGGACUUCUUCGUCAUCAUUGGUCGACCCGGUUACCGAGUUGCCCGACGAAAGCGAUGCCGAGCUUCCGUUGGUAUCAACCACCGAGUCACCAAGGAGGACACCAUCAAGUGGUUCAAGCAGAAGUACGACGCUUCCGUCCUCUAA